AUUCAGAAUCACCCAAUCUUUCGAACAAAAAAAAUAAAUAAUAAUCACCCAAUCUCCUUCCCAAAGCUGCUGCCCCAUCCACCUCUGACCACCGCUCCGCCCAUUCCCGGUUACCUGCGGCCGCGAGAACACCGGCAACCACCCUCGCGGCCACCGGCGAUUACUCCGGUCUCCGGCCGCCGCGUCUCUGCUCCAUCCAAGGUCUUAGUUCCCACUUUUGCAUCCUGGUGUUGAAAGAGUUUCUUUUUUUAGUUGCACAUCUCUCCAACAUCAUCAGGUUCCAUUAAAGGCUCUUUUACAGUUGUACCGGGCAGUUCUUAACCAUGCUUACUGAAGGAACCAGAAAGCCUCAAGGUUCAGUACCUAUACCACCUCGCAAAAUCAAUGUGCAGAAAUAUGCUAAAUCACGUGCCCCGGAGCUCCUGAGCCUGCAAUCUAUCGUAGAAAAUAGAUUAAACAACAACUAUAGCUCUCAAAGGAACAAGAGAAGAAGAACAACUGCAUUUGAUAGUCAAAUCGCAAGAAAGGGGGGCAACAGAAAGAGGCAGAAACUGGGAACAGUUGAUAAAGCCCAUGAUGAAUCAGUUUUGGAGAAGGACCAGUUAAAGAAGCUUCCUCGGCAUAUACGACGGAGAUAUGAACUUAAAAUGAACCCAGAGAAUGGUUUUUGCACUUCUGGGGAUGGAACCAAGAGACUGAGAACUCAUGUUUGGCAUGCAAAGCGUUUCGCCAUGACAAAGCUGUGGGGUUACAACCUUCCACUGGGUUUUCAAGGAAGAGGGAAAGGUUCAAGGGCAGUCUUGAAAAGAUUCAAAGAAGGUGUGCUUUUGCAUGAUUCUAGCUAUUAUACUGCUGUCCAAUUGGAGGGUCCAGAGGAUUCGUUAGUUUCAGUAUUAAGAAUGGUACUAUUGCCCUCUCUGGAAACAGAAACGCCUGGAAAUCAUGAUUUUUCUGUUCUUUCUGGUAUAACCUAUGGAACUGCAAUGCUUUAUCAAGUUGGAGCACCGGUUUCUCAGCCAAUUGCUCCUGUGACCUAUAUAUGGCGACCUACUUUCCCUCAAAAUACGAGUACAGAGCUAGAUGGCAGAAAUCAUCAUACUUCUUUAAGUCAACAUGAUAUCAAUGAUAACUUAAGUAAUCAUGAUGCUGAUUUAUGUGAAAAAUCAGAUGUGAUGAAGUGUGGUUCUUCAUUUAGACACAUUUGGGUGUGGAUACAUGCUUCUGCAUUUGAAGAAGGAUAUGAUAGUCUAAAAUUUGCCUGUCAGAAAGAGAUGGAAAAGAGCGGCGUCCUAAUUAAUUGCUUGUCACUUGAGGGCCAGCUUGGAAAAUUAGAAUUGAUGGGAUCACAGACAUUUAAUCUUCUUCAGAAGAUAUUGCAUCCUGUCAGCAGUAUUUCAGAGAAUCAUUGGCAGUUAAAGAAACAUGUGGCUAUAGAAGAAGACUCUGUUUCUCCGAGUAUUAAGUCAUCCAUAUUGAAAAGUGAGGAGCAUUUUUCUUCUCAUGCGAUGUUAUCUCUUAAUGUGACGGAUCCUCGAGAACUUCUGGGGAAAAGGACUAUUACUCCAACAGAACCAAUUUCAACUGAAGCACGGAGUGAUGCACAAGAAACUAAUAACAAUGAGCUUGCGAAUUUAGGUGGAAAGUUUGAGAACAAUAAAGGCUUAUCUUCAUUAUCAUGGUCAAAACUUGUAGACAGCCAGUCUAAUGUCGAUGAUCUAUGGGAUGCUUCCACCACAGGGUUAAGGCCCCCAGUGGAAGACAGUGUCCUUGCUAAAGAGAAACACUGUGAACGCAUGGUUAAUUUCUGUCUUGAUGAUAUAGAGUCUGGGGAGGCGAACUCCUCAACCAAGGUGCGGUGCUCAAGAUCUUGCCCUAUUGUGCUUUUAAAAAAUGAUAUGAAGGAUUUGAGUAUAGGAUGGUCCAUUAUACUUCCCCUAAGUUGGGUCAAAGCCUUCUGGAUUCCUCUCAUCUCUAAUGGGGCACAUGCAAUAGGUUUGCGAGAGAAGCACUGGAUUGCGUGUGAAAUAGAGCUACCAUCUUUCCCUUCAGAUUUCCCAGAUUGCAAGGCAUACUCAUGCCAAAUGGCAGCUAAAGAUGCUGUAUUUAAUAAAAAAGAAGAACUACGUCCUCCUUCCGUAAGGCGUUUUAAAGUUCCCAUCCUGCCACCUUGGGGCAUUGUUCGCACUACUUUCAAUAAAGAAAUUAGUGCGAUGGACACUCUUGAUCUUUCGACUACGGAAGAUUUGACCAGUGCUAAUUCAUUGCCAAUCUCUUUCUCAGGAAGCUCUAAAAUUUCAAAUUUUAACUGUAUGAAUAAUUCAUUUGAUGGAACUAUAGCAAGAACAGGUAAUAUGCUGACUACUUUCAUCAAUGAAACCAAAGCUGGUCAAUUGCUAUUGUUUCCGCAUGUAGCAGAAGGAAAGGACAUAAUCUCCAAGUUCAUUAAGGGAGAACAAAAUCUGGAUCUCAUGCAUAAGAGCUCUGUCAUUUAUGACCAUAAGCUAUGUUUUCUAAGAGUUAUUCUUCACCCGUUCAAGGAAGGCGUUUUUAAAGAGGGAGCAGUUAUCUGUGCGCCAUGUCUUUCUGAUAUAUCUAUGUGGACUUCAAGUUCAGAGAAAAGCGAAAAGGAACUUCAACUGUCUCAGUCUGCUAUGAAAUUAUACUUCAAAGAGCAUUCCUCUGGUAAAUGGGGAAUGCAGAUACCAGAGGAUUCAAUUGCCAGAGCGUCUCACCGGUGGCCUAUUGGCUUUGUCACAACAGCUUCGGUUCAAGGAAGCAAGAGGCUCGUAGCAGAGGGAUUUUGUGAGGCAGUUUUACUGUCUCAUUUAAGAGAGGAACAGUGGAAGGAGAUGCCUGUGAAACAAAGGAGGAGGGAAAUAUACGUACUUGUCUGGAAUUUACGAUCCGUAGCAUAUAGACUUGCUCUAGCUUCUGUUGUUCUGGAAAAUCAAAAAACUGACGUUGAGUUCUUUUAACAUGUUAUUAUGCUGAACUGAACUAUGCAACUUACAUUGCUACAUGUACAGUCAAAUUGGAAACUUUCCUAUUCAGAAAAAGAGGAAAGCAGCGGCAAAGAAGGAAAUAGCUUAAUCUUUUAUAUAAUCAUACAUUUGAAGUUAUCCGUAGUUGUAAUUGCUCGUAACAUUUGAGCGUUGUAACUUAUUUAUCACUUUUUGUCAAUGUUACUGGUUUUAUAUCA